CUUACGCCAACGCAGACCGACACCACAGUGCAAGCGCACCCCAAUCUCCUCCUCUCCGACUCUUCCAAGCUAGCAGCGCUUCCUUCUUCCUGCCCGCCUCUGACAUUUCUCCGCCGAUAAUAGAUGGGGUGCAAGACGUGCCAGAAGCCCAAGGUGAACUACCGGAAGGGCCUGUGGUCGCCGGAGGAGGACCAGAAGCUCCGCGACUACAUCCUCCGCUACGGCCACGGCUGCUGGAGCGCCCUCCCCGUCAAGGCCGGGCUGCAGCGCAACGGGAAGAGCUGCAGGCUGAGAUGGAUCAACUACCUGAGGCCCGGGCUGAAGCACGGCAUGUUCUCCCGGGAGGAAGAGGACACCGUCAUCAACCUCCACGCCAAACUGGGCAACAAGUGGUCUCAGAUCGCGCGGCACCUGCCGGGCCGCACGGACAACGAGGUGAAGAACUACUGGAACUCGUACCUCAAGAAGCGUGUCGAGGGCGCGCAGGCCAAGUGCGAGGCGGACGCGCCACCCGCCGACUCCGACGUUCGCGGGAGCCCGAGCCCCAGUGAAAAUGGCCAGGAACUCGUCAGCCAGCCGGCGAACUCCAGCUCGUCCGAGCCGGUCCAGUCGUCGUCGGCCGACGACUCGAGCUGCCUCAUCAUCACCGAGCAUACGGGCGCGGGCGCGGUCACCGCAGUGCGACCGCACGCGCCCGUGCUCCCCAAGGUCAUGUUCGCAGACUGGCUCGACGUGGACUACGGCAUCAGCAGCCUGGUGGCGCCAGGUCUGGGCGCCGGUGUCUUCGACGUCAGCGGGCGCAACCCGGCCCAGGGCCUGAGCCACCAGGGGUCCAUGCAGGUUGACGGGCUGUGCGGCGCCGUUGAUUCCCUGCACCACGGGCUCGGCAACGGCGGCAUCUUCUGGGAGUUCGACGCGGCGGAGGGUCAGAUGGACGUGCAGGGAGGAGGGUUCUGUGAUUUGCUCUCCAUGAGCGAGUUCCUUGGAAUCAACUAGGCGAGUGUUCUCUCAGCCAGUUCGUCGCGAAGCAUUCUGUGAAUCUGUUCCCAUAGGCGAAGGUGUAAAUUGUGUGGUGUAUCAAUAUGCGGUUAAACUUAGCAUGUAGCGUUGAGUACAAAUCUGACAAAAAAUGUGUGUUCAUGAAGAUGGUAGUUCGCUGCGCUCUGGUAUCAGAGAACGGUAUAUAAGGGUUAGCGGAGAUGGAUAUAUCAUAUGUUCAUUAGGGAUCAAAACCUAUAUUUGUUCCCUAUGUAUUUUAUCAAAAUGAAAUUUUCUUUUAUGAUAGUUAAUGUA